GGCGAUCAUGGGCUAUGACACUUUGUAAAACGUGUUAGCAAGCGCUGAACAUCAUCGGAGAGUUCUCAUUUUCGUGGUAUGAUUGAGCUUGGAGUGCAUUUAUGAUUAUUUAGCUUCGAGUACCGUUUUUCGAGAAACAUCAGUAGAAUGUAGGGGGUAUUUAAACGCGGUCCCACUUGGGAAGAAGCCAAACGCAUCGCGUAGUAGGUUGAGACAAAUUUUGAGAAGGUUAACCUAUUCAAAUAAGGCCAUCUUUGGGGUAGCAGGAUUGUUUCCGUUGGCCUGUAACGUCGUUAAUUCUUUGCAUACAACAGUUGGAGGGCGCUACUUUUUUUAUACUCCAUGAGUCCACGUCGCGUGGUUCAGGCACAACAAUGGCGGCUGUUAUUUAUUUAUCUGGGUAACUAAGGUACUUUCCAACCCACUUUGCUUAGAAGGCUCGAUGAAGAAAGAAAUAGAACAAUUUCGAUUUCCCCGACGAUAUUUCUGACCCUGCAAGGAUGCCCUCAGAUCUGAACCAUUUCAGGGUAAUUAGGUCCAUUCAUUUUGGCCGUUCUCACUCAUUUUCGCGGCGAAUCUUGGUGACUCUGACAUCUGCUUGCUUCCAAGGUUGCUGCUAUUUUGGGUUCUCAAAGGAGGUAGUUAUUUAAGUAAUGGCCAACAGAUAUUACGGUGAACAUCCGGGAACCACGCAUAGUAAGAGAAACUGAAAAAAGUAACCAACAGUGUUGUCGAAUAAAAAAGAAAUCCCACCUUUUCAUUUUUUUAGAGGUGCUGCUCUCGAUACUUUACCUGGUAGCAACCCCAAGUUUGGACCAAAGCGAGCUGAAUGCCACUCACUCGCUCUCCAGCUAACUAAAUAAUCCCCACCAAACUGCUCCCGCUCUUCCUCCAUUUUGAGAUUCAUGGGAUGUUUAUUUCUGCUGAGAGGAACUAAGCAAAAAUGCUGGCUCCCAGGGUGAACACAAGCCAGGUUCUCUAAAAGUGGAAAACCUUUCCCAGUUCAUGUCAGCGAAGAAUGGUCUGUCCCGCACGUCGUCCAGGGGAAUUUAUUAUUGUUUGGGAAAUCGAACUGCGCAGUGCUCACUUCUUCACCCAAUCUUCAAGCAGGGGUUGUCGAGUGUUGCACUACGCAGCGUACUCUCCAUGGCUUGUAUGGGUUUUUGUGAUGGUGUUGAGAGGGUCGUGCCUAAUAUAGGCCCUAAUCCCCGCCCUGCGGUGAGGUGACGAAAGGAGAACGCCGCAAGCCAGAGGUUAUUUGUUUCCUACGUACGGAGUAAAUAACUGUACUUCCUUUCAAGUUGUCCUUCCACAUAUUUACGGAAGGGUCGAAUGCUUUCUUUUUCUUUUUCUUUUUUUUUUUUUUUUUUCGGGCUUUGUUUCCCCUCUCCUUUGUCCUCUAUUGGACCAAGCUCCCUUCCAACUCCGAUUGACCAUGAUCCGACUGAAAUCGGUAUAUAACCCUUUUUUGGGGGUUUUCCAUUGGCUGGAAGAUCCCUGUUAUUGGACAAUAGCAGAUCGGAAGCGCGAAAUAAGACGGUUAGACGGGCGAGAGAAUAGUAUAAAAACUCUACGCAUACUCAUCCGGAGAGCGCGGGGAAAACUCUUGGAAAACCAACUGGGCGGAAUAAGUCGAAUCCAUUACCUGAUUUGAGAAAUUCGGCCGACAAGAGCUGGGUAUGGGAGGAGGAGAUGUAAGAGUUCCAGGUUUGGGAAGACAUAAAUAUUGAGGAGAAACUUGCAUCGAGCCACAUUCCGGAGAAUACCUUCGCAUAUCAAUUUCACAACUGAUCACCCCGCAACGCUCAGCAACCCCCAAAUUACAGAGAAGAUUACCUGCUGCAGAGAAACAGUAGUAGAUCCUUCAUACCGUUACCUCACCUCAGCCUACUCUAGCUCAUCCCGGUCUGGUCUUCCAUAAUACAAUCGGGGAAGCUUCACCCAGCGCGUACUUGCUGCCCUUUGCAUAAUCUGCUCAGAAUAAUUUAGAACCUUUAAUUAACAACAAGGAAUAGGGAAAAGCGACGAAGAAAAAGGGUAUUCAUGGCAGCAUUGUACGGUGACGACGACUUUACAUUUCGAUUGCAUGACAUCAUCCAAGAGCAAUCAUGUCUGCCACCAGAUGUUCACGCCAAAAUGAUUCUGACGCAGUCAUCGCCUGACUGGAGCAAUCAGCUUCAGCAACAACCGCAGCUGCAAGAAGGGGCCCCUAUCUAUUCGCUUCAUAACCACCAUCAGCAACAUCAAGAGGAAUAUCAUCUGGGGAAUCAACUUUACUACUACCAAAGGUUCCAAAUCGAGCAGCAACGGCAGCAGCAACACCAACAGGAGCUGCAGUUCCAAUACCAAUCGUACCCAUACCAACGCCAGCAUCAGCAACCUUGCAACCAUCGAAACAAAUCCAACGACCAAAGUGAGCGAAGGCCCCAACGCCUGGCCUUACCUCGUCUCGACACUUCUUUCCCCGCCGUCCGACCGUCCAACCAACCCAUCAAGAGGCCGAGAUACUAUGCUAACUUCCCAAUAAGCACUCCCGCUAGCUCCACCACAUCCACCCCACUAUCUCUCAAAGCGAAAUGUCAAACCCUUCCCGAGGGUGCCCAACACCAAGCAUAUUCCUCGGUAUUCACAGACCCUGACAGUGCAAGCUCAUUCCAUUCAGAUCCCAGACAACCCGCCUCAGCAGCUGCAAUUAUUCCCACACCAACCCCAGGUUCAUCGGAGCCCGUGCUUCCCGAACAGAUGAAUCAAAUCGAUAGCGUCCCAAGACGUCCCGCCAAGGCCACGAAAUCCCGAACUCUGUUUGGAGUUAUGGCAUCUAUCGUAUCCUCGUCACGCAAGGAGCGGAGCGUGGCCGAAACCAGAAGUCAGUAGUAGUACCUCAGCUCUCGGAUGCCAGUGCUGUGGCUCAUGUUAAGAAAGAGCCGGAGCGAAUUCAGGCCCUGUUUGCGUUGUUGGAGGGGUUGGUCAGCAAGGACAAAUAAAUUGAGCUCCGGCCGUUGGAUUCGAUCAAUUGAUCCUUUUCACUUUUGAUGACCUCCGGUGUUUGGGGUUGGUGGUGGUAGUGGUGUUUUUGAAAGAGGCCAUUCUUUGCUCUUUCGAUUCUGUGACGAGGAAGAUCAACUACAGCAGGGCGGUGAAUCCAGGCGAACCAUCUCAAGCAUUUUGCUUUUUUUUCAUUUCUUUAUCAGUUUACUUCCUUGUCUUCCACCUGUUUUGAAUUUAGAAAUUUUCUAAGUUAGGGGCACGAGGCGAUUCUCCAGGUUGUCUUUCCAAGAUAGGAAACAUAUACUGUCGGGGAUCUUUUCCAUACGUGUUUCACUGUCGAAGACUCGACGUCAACUUAACUAAAUUGCGUUUCUGAUAUACAUACCUUAGCACUUCUAUCAUUUGAAGAGGCUGUAUAUGAAUCGUGAAUUAUACGCCGUGAUGCUAUCCUCGACGAAUAUAACGCGAUCUAGAGGCGAUGUACGAAUUCAUGAUGGAGGAGGGUUAUUACAUCUUGCGAGUAGCUUCAGAGGCGAUUCCUCUAUGGCCCGUAGACAUGGCUUCUGUCCUGGCGUGGCCGAUGCAAUAUAAACGAACCGCUGCCCAUCGCACCGAGACAUUUGGAGAAGCCGUGAUAUCCCAAGAAAUCCUCUCUCUUUGUCGAAAGAAAUUCGGCAUCCGAAAGACCGUAGGAGUUUAAACUUCAAAAAUGUCGGAAUGAAUUCUAGCCAUGGUAGUUUCCGUCACGCCGGACAAUAAGCGAAAUAGAUGCAUUGAGUGUCCACGGAGCCGGCAUCCUUCUGCAGAGGCGGGCAUUGGAGAUCUGGAGUCCGUAACCCGAAAUUCCAGACACCGUAG